AUGGCUGCUCAGAAGAGCUCGAGGUUGAGUGUCACAAUGCUAGCAUACCUCGGUUUUGCGAUUCUCGGCCUCCUGAAUGCGAUUGUACCCUUCAUCGUACACUCAGCGAAUUAUCUCAUCAUUCCUUACCCGCGAUGGGUCGUUCUUCUCAUCGAGACUCUUCCAGCUUUGGCGACGAAACUGUUAAUGCCACAUGUUCUUUAUCGUGUUCCCUACUGGAUGCGUCCUCUCACUAUUGGCGCAGGCUGGAUCAUAGUGGCUAUUGUCACAAACGUCACGCCGCCUAAUAUUGCACCGCCACUUCGAAUCUUGACAUCAGUGCUGGCAUCGACAUCCGCUGCUGCAAUGGAAGUUUCGUUUCUGGGAAUGUUGCGAUAUUACGGCCGUGUUGGACUCGCAGGAUGGGGCGCGGGUGUUGGAGCCGGUGCUGUGUUCUGUGCAAUCUUACCAUUUGUCUUGACUGUUUGGCUGGAGUCGUUUUUACGGGAUUUCAUUGACUGCAUUUAUGCACUUACAGGCGCCAUGCUCGUGGCAUUCUUUGUCGUCCUCCCUGGGGCGCCUGUCAACUAUCCUCAUGCGCAACAGGAAGUGUCAAAGGCGGAUGUAGAGAAUCCUUCUCUGCUAGCCCAGGAUCCCGUUGAGCAGCUCUCACGUAUGCUCAGCACGAGAAACCGACUCACCCUUACUAAAGCCAUGAUUCGACCAUUCAUGAUGCCUUUAUUUGGAGCAUUUGCUACUCAGGCUUUGGCAUACCCAGGCAUAGCUCGAGCCUUGCCUCUUCCUACAUCGUACACGUCAUUCUUCUCUUACUUCACCACCUACGGCCUUGCUUUUCAGCUCGGCAACUUUAUCUCUCGAACGCACACGCUUCUUUUCCGACCCACUAGUACCAAGGCCGCUUUUACAAUCAUUGGGGCUUCGACAUUCAUCUUACUCGCCAACUCGAUGUUGCUGGUCUUCUCAACAGAAGUCCUUGUUGGAUUACUGGCGUUCGGGGCCGGUCUAGGCGGAGGAGCAGUAUAUAUGACUAUUUUCGACCGAGUGCUACAAGAUAAAUCCUUCGAGUCAGGAAUCAACUUGGAGUUUGGUCUUCAGAUAUGUGACGAAGGAGGUCCUCCCUGUACCAACUGUCUUGCCCGCAAUCUCGAAGGCUGCUCAUAUCUCACCGAGCCACCAACACAGCUCCCAGCAACAGAGACCAGACGCAGAAUAGAGCUUGAACUCAUGCACCGCUGGACAUCUUCAAGCUACAAAAGUCUAGCCAGUAUCCCAGAAGAUAACCAAUGGCUCCAGGAAGACAUGGCUCGUUGGGCUCUUAAGCAUGAGUAUCUCUUACAAGGCAUGUUUGCCUUCUCAGCUCUCGAAGUCGCGCUCUGUGGGGGUGCUGUAGUUGUUGAAGAAGACUAUGACACAUAUUACGCCAAGUUGGCGGUGGAGUACUACGACAAAGCAAGUCGUUCGUUCAGAGCACAGCUUGAAAAUGUCAACUCUGAGAAUGCUCAGAAGAUCUUCAUGUUCUCAUUCCUUGCUGUUGCUGUAAACAUGGCUCUCGGCCAAUGCAGUGCUUUCGAAGAACUUCAUGAGGGUGUUUUGGAACGCAUGGUCACAUUGUGGGAGCUACUCAUGGGAAAUGCCUCCAUCGCCAAUCAGCACUUCGACGCUUUGAUAUCAGGAGCUUUAUCACGGUCUACAGAGGCUUUGAUGCUAAGAACACAACUUCAGACUGAGACGCCCACAUCUUUGAGCAAGGAAACCGAGGAAGCUCUGGAGAGUCUAAGCACUAUCAUCAACACAGCCUGCCAAACACCUUCUGGUUCAACUUCCAACGACCAAUCCGAAGCCGGCGUCCGAAUCAGCUCUUACCGCACCAGCUUCUCCGCCAUACAAACGUGUUUCGUUCAAGAUUCCAAAGACGUCUUCAAAGGAAUAGCUAUAGGAUUUCCAGCUCUUGCUGGGCGAGAAUUCGGGCUAGCGCUCAAGAGUUCAGACCCCGUUGCUUUACUUCUGAUGGUCUUCUGGGGCGUGCAGCUUGACACAUUGGGCAAGAUCGCUUGGUGGGUUGGCACGUUUGGAAAGAAGAUGGUGGACGAAGUCUCAGAGAUGCUGUGGGAACCUGAUCCUGAGUUUGAGGUUAUGGAUAUGUCUGAGUGGCGAGAGUGUAUUGCUUGGGCAAGGGCAGAGGUUGGUCUGACACCCACCGUCGAGGCUACAGAGGAACCAUGA